ACCUUCUGAGCUCAGGACCAACUGACCAGCGGCUUUCGUGUGUCAUGCCCAGCACAGCCGCUCAGGGUCUUCCCUGCAUCCUGGCUGGAGUGGGAUCUGUUCAAAUUUAAACUCCAGGCUCAUGACGGAUGAUAAACAUGAUUUUAUUUCAUCCAUGUUGAGAAGAUCUUCGUUGUCACUCACCUCCUUUUGUGUGUUGCUGUAUGUUCCCUGUUUUUACUGCUCGAUGUUACAUCAUGUGAACAUUCCUGCCUGAUGUGUUGGUUCUCCCAGGGACAGACAGCUGGGUUUCUGCUGUGGACGUUCUUACAUGUGUCUUCUGGUGCACACGGGCAAGACUUUCUCUAGGGGAAGGUCUCUAGGAUGCAGUGGUUUGUGGGAUCAUGGGGAAGGUGGCCAAAUGGUGAUUUUCUAAUUCUACCCUCCCUUUGACAUCAGUCCGUUGACUUUUUACUGUAAGCAAGAGCUUUCUUCUCUUCUCCAUUUAUCACUGUGGAUGUUUGGGUACUUAUUUUGUUCAGUGAGUUCUGAUCCUGUGCUAUCCUUAUUCACUUUCUCUCUCACAGUGCCCCUAGAUUUCUCCAGAGGGUGUUCCCUCGUGUACUUCUGUGUCCUUUAACCUGUCCUUUCAGUGUUUGAGCACUUCCUUUCUUUUGGCCCAACUAAUGCCCCAGCCCUGAAAUCAGCCAUUUCUCCGAGGAGGCUGGUUCAUUUCAGUGGAGAAUGAGAUUUAGAAACAAAGACCAGGACAGGGUGCUCACUGCGGCCGGGCCCUCAGUGGCCAGAUUAUGAAGCAGAUACAGAGAUGAGUGUUGUGGGCAGGUGUCAUGGGUGUGCUUCCAUCUGUCCAUGAGUGCUGAUGCCUGGUUCCUCCGCUCAUCACAACAGCACAGCGCACUCCACCCUCCUCCUCUGCAUCUGUGCUGUCUCCAGAUGCACACCGUGGUCUCACUCCCAGGGGCCACAGAAGAGUCACUUACUGCUCAGUCCUGACCCAUGAGUCAAUAAAAAAGCCCACCAUCUAGAGUUCAGUGUUGAGGUUCUAUUUGUUUUUAAUCUGAGCACAUAUAUUUUGCAAACUGUUCAGAAGGUACGCGGAUGGGUUGUCUCCUCUCUUCAGCGUGACUGUGUUAUUUAUUUGAUUUGUGGUUUGGUUCACCUCUUCCCAUUUGUAUCGCACUUUAGAAAUUGUGUUGAUUUGGUUAUUUUUGUUUUUUAAGCAUGUGGAACAUUAAUAUAAUUCCAGAAGUCAUAAGUGUCUCAACAGGUGCAUUUGAGAACUGUUGUCACUCUGUUUCCCUCUCUGUGUUCCCUCCUCCCCCACCACCAAACAGUCUCCUUGAUUCCUUGAUCUCGGGCUUAUCCACCCGCGUCUCUUGUUGCUCAGUGUGAUUUUAUUUAUUUAUUUAUCUGUUUUUAGUCUUCUCUAAAUUUGUUUAUUUUUAGUCACCCAGAGUGGGGCUCAAACCCAUGACCCCAAGACCAAGAGCUGCAUGUUCCCCAACUAAGCCAGCCCGGUGCUCCUGCUUUCUGUCUUUAAAUAGCAGUUCUUCCCUGUUUUUCUCUGCUGGAACUUUCCUUAUUAUUAUUUUCUCCAUACCUGGGUUACUGUUUCUUUAAUAUUCUGAUUUCACAUCUCUUUGCUGCAUUCCAGAUAAUUUCCUCAGAUGUUUUUUUCGAAUGCAGUAACUUAUCAGCCCUGUCAUUUCUGUGUAACCCAUCGAUUGAGUUGUUUUGUAUUUCAAAUUUUUCAAACUUUUCAUUUUGAGGAACUUGUAGACCGACAGAGGAAAUAACUAUACCUGUAUGCCCUUCUCCCAGCUCCCUCCACUGAUGUCUUCCAUGGUGCACUCCGCCGGUCUGGGUUCAACCCCACACUGCAUUCAGUGGCCGUGUCCCCGUGGUCUUCGCCAGUCCUUGACUUUUGUGACCUGCGUACUUUUGGGUUUGUCUGACAUGUUCUUUCGACUAGAUUUGCAGUCACGUGUCCGUGGCACGAAAUCCACAGCAGUGCCAUGUUCUUCUUAGUGCAUGGGAUCAGGGCAAACAGGACGUCUCUCUGUCUGUAGUGUUUUCAACUUUGGUCGCUGGGUUGGGGUGAUGUCCGCCAGUGUCUCGGUAAAGUCACGCCUGCCAUUUGUGAUGAGUUGGCACCUGUAGGCAAGCGGUUUGGAUGCAAUCACAUCCUUGUUUCAGCUCAGCAAUCAGGUGACUCAUCUCUGGACAUUUACCCCCGGUGGCGUCUUGGGCUUGUUCACCUGCAUGACUGUCCUAUCAACCUGCCACACUUAGGCUCUGUCUGUCCCUCCCUGGAGCUGCCAGGCAGCCGGUCCUCCCCCAUCGGCCACCCCGCCCUCCUCGGAUAAUCUUUGAUCUUUGACCCGCAUCCAUUGAUCUUCAGAUGCAAAGGUCUUCUGGCCUGGAUUAAGCAAGAUUUUCUCCAGAGCCGAUUGCUUCUGGCACCAGCGGCUGUGGGUGUGGCUGGGAGCCGGACCUAGGUUCAUGGCCCACCCGCCUCAAGCACCCCGGCUACUUUUUGGGGGGUCCUGUCCUGAGUUGGAGCUUCCUGGGAGCCUCUGCCUGCACUCGCUAGGGAGAGGCGAGUCGUGGAUGGCGCUCUCUGCUCCCUGCAGACCUUCACCUGGGAGUCAGCCUGACCCAUGCUGCCUGCAGUCUUGAGGGGACAAGCAUGUCGGCUUCAGCAAAAUCCCUGGCACUGGCAGAGCUGGCCCCCGGCCCCGAGGACAAGCCCAAGGGGAAGCCGCUCCUUGCCUGGGGCUCUCUCUUUGGCCCCCGCAGCGAGAAGGUUGUUUUCACCAGGAGCGAGGGAACGCCCGAGGAGAAUGUGCUCACCAUAACCAUCACAGAGACCACCGUCAUCGAGUCCGACCUGGGCGUGUGGAGCUCCCGGGCUCUGCUCUACCUCACACUGUGGUUCUUCUUCAGCUUCUGUACCCUCUUCCUCAACAAGUACAUCCUGUCCUUGCUGGAAGGGGAGCCCAGCAUGCUAGGUGCUGUACAGAUGCUGUCAACUACGUUCAUUGGAUGUGUAAAAAUACUGGUUCCUUGCUGUUUAUAUCAGCACAAAACCCGGCUUUCUUAUCCACCCAAUUUCCUCAUGAUCAUGCUGUUUGUGGGUCUAAUGAGGUUUGCAACAGUGGUUUUGGGUCUGGUCAGCCUGAAAAAUGUGGCAGUUUCGUUUGCUGAGACAGUGAAGAGCUCUGCUCCCAUUUUCACUGUGAUCAUGUCCCGGAUGAUCCUGGGGGAGUACACAGGGUUGCUGGUCAACCUCUCCCUCAUCCCCGUCAUGGGAGGCCUGGCACUGUGCACGGCCACAGAGAUAAGCUUCAACGUCCUGGGGUUUUCGGCCGCGUUGUCCACCAACAUCAUGGACUGUUUGCAGAAUGUUUUUUCAAAAAAGCUCCUCAGCGGGGACAAAUACAGGUUCUCGGCUGCAGAGCUGCAGUUCUACACCAGCGCUGCGGCCGUGACCAUGCUGGUCCCCGCCUGGAUCUUCAUGGACUUGCCGGUGAUCGGCAGAAGUGGGAAGGGCUUCAGUUAUAGCCAGGAUGUCGUGUUGCUGCUGCUGAUGGAUGGCGUUCUGUUCCACCUGCAGAGCAUCACGGCCUAUGCCCUCAUGGGCAAAAUUUCCCCUGUGACGUUCAGUGUCGCCGGCACCGUGAAGCAUGCCUUGUCCAUUUGGCUCAGUGUCAUAGUGUUCGGCAACAGAGUCACCAGCCUGUCGGCCGUCGGCACCAUCCUUGUGACGGCCGGAGUCCUACUCUACAACAAAGCCAAGCAGCGUCAGCGGGAGGCCAUGCAGAGCCUGGCUGCGGCCACCAGCCGGACACCAGAGGACGACACGGAGCCACUGACCCCCAAGGACCCCAGACCACACCACUGAGCUCUGGAAGCCUCAGCAGGUGCCCAGGGCCCCGGUGCUGCCCGCGGCGGCUGUCCUCGCUGACGCCGACCCCCGGCCUCCUCGGGUCAGUGGGGUGACGUGCCGCCUUCCCUGCUCCUUUGUUGGGUUUUCAGUGAAAACCACCAGGAACAGGGGUCAGCUUCCCCGGGUGGAGACCAGAGCCAGCUGCUGCUGAGCCUGUAAUGUGACAACCCCCUCCUGUGGACCCUGUGCUGAGCGCAGGGGAGGGCGUCGGACCCACAUUGGCCUCUGCACGCCCUCACCAGCACGCAGGUCGGCUGCAGUUAGGCCAGGCCCAGUUUCCCCGGGAGUGACAGCCACAGGUGCCAACGUGCGCCCCACCCACGGCACAGUGCCCGCUCAGCGUCCCGGGCCUGCACGCUCUGCCCUUCGGCCAUCGGGGGCACUGCCAUGCUGAGACAGAAGGCUGAGGCGCCCCUGCCUGGGCCGGUGGCCACAGCAGCCAAGUGACCACAGAGCUAGGAGAGAAUGGAAAGGGCACAGAAAUAAGGGUUCCUGCUGCUGAGGGCGGGCUGUUGGGCCCUCACCUUCCUGCCCUUCCACCCACGGCGUCCUCCACACCCCAGAACUGCCAGCAGCUGGUACCGCUUAGGGAAAGGCCACUGGUGGAAGGGAAGGUGCCCUACCCCUUUCAGGGUCUCUGCUGCACUAGCCGCCCCCUAUCCUGAGGAUCCCAACCCUCACCUGCGGCUGGCCUUCGGUCAGGGACCCCCGACGUGGUGAUUGCUGGUCACAGGGGUGGGGGACAGACAGACAUCUGUGGUGUUUAACUCAGGACAGGGAUAUACUGACAUUCCCUUUUGUUUUCGGGUCCCCUGUGUGUAACACUGGUUGUUCUGAAGGGUCCCCUAGAGGUGCUCCUGCCAUCACCCUGCUGGUCAGGGGCCGCACCAUACUUUGUCUCGUGGGCAAGGAUGCUAAGUGAAUGAGUGAGCAGGGGGGCACGGGGAAGAACAUUUGGCGUGUUCACAGUUUUUGUCACACUGCAUUUACAAUGACAGUGGAGUUUUUAAAGAAGGAAACAGGUGGCUUCUGGAAGGCAUCCUGUAUGACAGGUAACCCACACUGAACUCACAGCCUGGCUCGGCCUGGCUCUCGCCUCCGAGAGCAGACCAACCACCAUGCUGGGUGUCUGAGCCCUUUGCUGGGUUCAGGCUCCUGGCCUCUUCACUCUGCUCCUCAUCUCACAUCCUGGUGGAAUUUCCGAUCGGGGCACUGUCCGCUGCCGACCAGGCUAUGAAACCUCUCCGUGGCGCCAAGCUCACGCGCUGGGGCGUGUCACCUGCAGCCUGACUCGGAGGACAUCGGCGGUGACAUGGCCAUCUGAGGCCUGCCUGCCACAGCUGGGUGAAGUAGCCGACAGGAGGGCCUCGGGCGCUAAGGGCCCCCGUGUCUGAGUUCCCCUCCCUGUUGUUCAGGUCCUUGGCUCCCAUCAUCUCUUCACUGGUUUUCCAGUUGGCUUCUCAGCUGGAAAAUAAAAAAAUAGGCCCUCCUAGAGAUCUAAUCUCUCGGAAACAAAGAGCAAUAAUUAUGUCUCAUUAACUUCUUCCUACUUGAAAAAGUUUGCCAUGAUGAUGGGUUAAAGCAAGGCCUUUAAAACUACAACCUGUUAUCAAUGCCCACAUUUUCCACCAAAAACAAACAAAACAAAACAAAAAACUACAACUUUUAUGAAGCUGACUUCAAAAUUUUAUGAAGCUGCACCCGGAGGACAGGCAGGUGUGCGUUCUACUGCAUGUCAAGCUCAGCUCCGCUGUGAAGAUGUUUAUCAUGAGACUUUCCCCACUUCUGUCCCCCUUCCUCUCUGCCUUUUCCACAAACAACAGCGAAGGGGACUCGGAGGUGGCUGGGCGGCAGGAUGUGCAUGCGUCUGUGAGGACCAGCGUGAAAGCACGGCCUCCACAGUGCCCUGCCUCCCCCCUCAAGAAUGUGGCCGCCAUGACCAGCUACUGACGGGCCGUGAGCAGAGAAGAGGACGCAGCUGUGGUCAUCUUGUUGCAAGACGGUUUCAUGUUGCCUUUCUCACAGAUGUGGUCAUCUGAGCGUAGCCAGAUGGGCAGCGCCUGCUUCUGAGCCUCAUGAGGGACCAACCACCCCACACGUCACCUGCGCCCUGUCUCCACUCAAGUGGCUUUCUGCCGAUUUUGAUUUUCCAAAUUCUUGGAUCAGAAACAAAAUGAAGAUUUUCCUAAAUUAUGAGCAAAUGAGGUAAUUUCCAACAAAGCUGCUUUUGAGACAUUUUCUCAGAACACAAGCUGUGGCCAGCACUGUGCUGGCCCAGGGCUUACGUUCCUUCUUCCAGUGUCUAGUCUCCACCCUAAAGCAUGUCCAGGACAGCCCUGCCAGGAGACAAAACCUGUGGCCUGUCUUGGCCAUUUGUUGAAUGAAUGUACAGACAUGUUUUUUAUUAACUCUGUGUAGUAGUGUUUUUACUAGUAUGUUCUUAUUGAACAAUAGCAGACGUGCUUGUAUUAACGUUGACACUGGGUGUCACCACUUCCUUGGGUCAGUUCCUCCCAUGUCCAUGAUCGUUGUCUGUGCCUUUGCAAAAAAAACACUUCAAACAGGUGUCAAGUCAGGUCAUCUGCUUACCUACAUCGAUACUUAGAGAUGUAUGUAUGUCUGGCUUUCAAGGAAACUUCCACUGAAGGGCAUAAAAAGCUUUUUUUUUUUUUUUAACUCCAAUAGUCAUAAUUUCCUCUAUAUCAGCAUUAAAAAAAUCUGCCCUGGAAAGCUUAGAAUAUCUUGCACAAUCCAAAAUGUGUCUUUAAUUUGAGAAAAAUACACAUGGUGAAUCAGAAACAGUCACACGCUCCACAAAGAGCAUUAGCCAAGUGCAGUCGUGCCCAUAACCCACGCUGGAAAUGCUUUUCCCAGAACCAGUGGGUUCUGCCUGUGAAUGGCCACGUGGACGGGCCGGUAGGGAUGACACACGCACCGCAUGGCUUUUUACAUCUGUCUGGUGAUGUGCUUUCCCAAGGCCUGGAAGUAUUUUCACAGUUUCCCUGUGUUGGAAAAAUAAAACAAGAAUGUUACUGCA